AAGCCUUUCGCUGUCACAGCCCUCCCACGAGUCCAAAAUUCUGCUUGCAACGUGCACCGCGGACGAUGGAAGCCGUGCACCCCGGACACGUGGCGGAGUCGGCGGUGGUGCCAGGCGACUUGCAAUACGUGUGGGACUUAGUCAAGUCGAUGCAGUUCAAGUUCUCCAAGCAAGUCGCAGAGGCCAAACGUGAAGAAGGUGGCGACGCGGGGGCCUUGGGGCAGUUCACCGUCGCCUACAGCGACAACACGGUGCAGACCCUCCGCAUUACUGAGAUCUCCGAGCGCUUGCCACUGAAGCGCAGCAUUGGAAUGGAAAUGGUGGCCUCGGACCCACCGGUGGGCUACUCGGCGCGGAACGACCAGAUCACCCUGAGCGCCAUCACCCAUGGGGAGCGGCCCUCGGUCUACGUGGAGUUCACCUCUGACUUCUCCUCAGACGCAACAACGGCCGUGCUGGAAGACUCCAAGUUCAAGAAACGAGAGUUCUUUGACGAUUUGGUGGCCUUCAGUGGAAAGGCCUAGCUGUUGGCUGCUGUUGGCUGUGGCGAGAUGCCCUGAGUGGAUGGCACAUGACGGAAGGAUGGUGAUCCUCGCACAUGAUGUGCACUCAGGGUGCAGACAGUGUUUCAAGAUUCACUCCUGGGAGUGCAGAGUCGAGAAGGAGAAGGAGAAGCAGGAGAGUCUGAGUUGUUUCA